AGGACGCGUUCCUUCGCCGGCAAGGAAUCGAAUCGAAUCCGUUCCAGAAAGCGGCCCCGCCUCCCCUACCCGACCCUCAACCCUUUCUUCUCCUGCAGGGAAACUCGAAGGAGUCCUGGAAGCUUCUCUUUCUUCAAUUUGCUUCCAGCACCGGCCGCACCGCCAUCCCGAUCUCGAUCAACAGGUCAAAACCAUCGCCACCACCACCACCAUCGAUUGAUUGUCUGCGAGGAAGCCGGGUUGCCUUGGAUCCGACCAUGUACGGCUCUAACUCAAGCCACCUCACGGUUCAGUUCCUAAACGGCGUCCUGUCGCAGCGCGGCCCUUCCUCCCUGCCAUACAGCGAGGACCUGAAAUGGUACAUCCGGCAACACCUCGUCAACCUGGUUCAGGAGUACCCCAGCCUCCAGGUCAAGACGGCCGUCUUCGCCCACAACGACGGCAGGACGGCCAACCUCCUUCAGGCCGAGGGCACGAUACCCAUAGCCUACCAGCGAGUCACCUACAACAUUCCGGUCGACAUCUGGCUCCUGGAGUCAUACCCUCGUCAGCCCCCCUGCGUCUUCGUGAACCCCACCAGGGACAUGAUCAUCCGCCGUGCCCACCCGCUCGUGAACCCCUCCGGCGUGGUCUCCGUUCCGUACCUCCACCAUUGGGUCUUCCCCAGUUCGAAUCUCAUCGAAUUGUCCAAGAACAUGAGCGAUCUGUUCUCUCGCGACCCUCCCCUCUAUACCAAGCAGCCUUCCGCGGCUUCAGGUCACAGGGUUCAUAGUCCUACCCGUGGAUCUUCGUCUUCUGCAGCGGCCGGACCUUCGCCGUCGCCUCCUCCUCCAGCCCCAUCUGCUUCUUCUUCAUCCUCAUCCUCUUCUUCUGUAUGGAGCCAUCAGGCCGGUGGGGGCCGCCCGGGUGCUGGUGGUGUCCUCAAUCGGCUUAUGUCGCCUUAUGGCCGCAUGAUGCCGCCGUCGCCAGGGUCGCCGCAACGGCCACCGCCCGCCACGGAAGAUCCGUCUGAAGUUUUUAAGAGGAAUGCGACCAAUAAGCUUCUGGAGAUGCUGCAUUCUGAUACUGUUGCUCUGAGGAAGGCCAGAGAGGCAGAAAUGGAUUCUCUCUUCAAUUUGCAGGGGGCGUUGAGGAAGCGAGAGGGGCAGCUCGAUAAGGGAUUGAAGGAGAUGGUGGAUGAGAAGGAGGCAUUGGAGCAGUUGCUGCAGGUGGUGCUGAUGAAUUCAGAAUGUAAUUUGAGUAAAGAAUGCGUGAAUAUUUAUGCCAUUCAUGAAUGGUUAGUUCUACAAGCACAUACUACAUUCUGAGAAAAAGUUCUAUCUGAACACAUUUUGAAA